GAGUUUUUUUACUGCCGGUUUCAUCCCCAACAAAACGCCACAACACAGAGAUCUAAGAAGUUUGACUCGGGCAAAAGGGAGGAAAACUUCCACCUGGACCCUCACUAUCCUGUCAGCGAGUAAAGAAAGCUGUGACUUGGCUUCUUCAUUCGCUUCCCAACUCAACACUGCUGCAUUUUUGCUCUCUGAACAUAAAAACUUGUUUAGCAGCAAUCCGGAAGUUUCAGGGUAAUGUUGUAUUUCCUCUGUGCCCUGGGUUGGGUCUCACAUUCUGUCUCACUUUCCUCUAAGUCGAUGUGUUGUCGUACACUUCCAGAUUUGCCGCUGUGAUCUUUCCUCCCUGCAGCUGCGGGUCAUGGGGGACAUCAAGAAAGGGAAGAAGGCGUUUGUCCAGAAGUGCUCCCAGUGUCACUCAGUGGAAGAGGGGGGACGCCACAAAGUGGGACCCAACCUGUGGGGUCUGUUCGGGAGGAAGACGGGCCAGGCACCCGGCUUCUCCUACACAACGGCCAACAUUGAGAAAGGUAUCAUAUGGGACGAGGAAACUCUGAAUGUCUACCUCGAAAACCCAAAGAAGUACAUACCCGGUACCAAGAUGAUCUUCUCUGGGCUCAGGAGGAAAAAGGACAGAAAGGAUAUUAUAGCUUAUUUAAAAGACGCCACCUCCUAAAAAUACUACAGAACAAUCAUGCAGCUGCAGACAGUGGCGUUACACUGUACCUUCACAGUUUAUUAGUUAUUUCUGGGACUACCUUUUGUUGCCUUACAACUUUGUUUCCACACUGUAUUAGUUCACAUGGAGACUGUUUUUAAUUAGCAUUCCUCCAGUCACUUCUCAGGCGGGGCUUCUUAAAGGGGCAGCCUUCCUUUUCUAAAAGCUGUCGUUUACAAAUAAAAACUUACUGCCACUUGCACAGAAACUAUCUGGUUUCACACACUUUGCAUUGUCGCCACUUUAAAUCCUACUCCUUACCAUAACUGUAAUGGUAAUUGUUAUAGGGUUAUAUUGCUUGUUGGGUCUCUUUCUGUUUAUGAAGUGUUUUCUACUUGGAUCAAUUUUUAAAAAGUUUUAGUGUUGUGGUCAUGAGCUGUAGCUGAGCCCUGCUGACUUUGGGGUACACACCAGUUGCCAGUGAAUCGCAGGUCAGAUCAUCAUCUACUAGUUAACCUAUUAUGUCGCCCCACGUUUGGUCCAGAUUCUGUCAUCCGCUCCACAUACCACAUGGAACUAUAGGCACUUGGGUGGUCCACUCCUGUUUGACAGAUCUGGGCCACAAGUAAGCCACAGCAACACCGCAUAUCAACCAAAGGUGCCAAAGGUGGCCCCGAAUUUGUUUGUGCUAUUUAGGUCAUAUCCCCCACAUUGGCCACUUGAGGUUUAUAUCAUGACACCUUGCCAAGAAUGGGGCACAUUUAUCCAGAAAUGUGCCCCAAGAAAGCCCAAAUUGCUGUAUCCGUUAAAAGGUUCCUAGUUGGGAAACUGCUGACAUUUCACCAAGGCCUAAACUGUGGCUCCUGCAAUAGAUGUGUACUAUUUUACACAUAUGUGUUGAAAGUCCUAAGUGUGUAUGUUUAAGAUGUUGUAGAUUUCAAAGCAGAUGUCAGUGUCCUGCAGCUCAUGAACAUUUGUAUUGAUAACUUCAAUGAACGUUAAUGUGCUUUUGUGUUAGGUUUUGGUU